UUCUAGGGCUCAAUGCUUCCCUUGCUUUAAUGGGCCGCACGCCCCUGUGUUACAUACAUAAUUUGCAGGGGCUUUGUGAUCCAUUCAUUACGUAUCUGCACUCCCCGGUAUCUUUUAUACUUACCUAGUAGUUUUACUAAGUAUUGUUAGUUGCCUACAGCUACUAAGUUGGACACUUUCUGUUUGAUUCAAAUUCCUAACCUAGCAUUUCAAUUUAAUACGUCUAACCGUUUCGUUGUUUUCAAUGAUAAACAAGGUUUUACAACAUUAUUAAAUAUUGGUUUCUCCUAAAAGACAUUGCAAAAUGUCACGAAAUGAUUUUUGUUUAUAUAAUGGUAACCAUCUUAUCCCUGUCUUUCUUAGAAAUUGCUAUUCAGAAGAGAAAAACUUGAGCAUAAACAUCUUUGAUUUCGGCGACAAAUUGCAAAUUAAACUUCGUGACCUUGCUGAAUACUCUUUUAAUUACAUGGAAAAUUUGGAAAUGGGCGAUUUUGAAACGUUGAGAAUCAACCAAUGCCUGGACGUUAAUUUCACAGAGUUCAAGACAAAUUUUGUAGAUAUGUUAUAUCAAUUUCAAAGAAAGGAAAUGUUUCUAAAAUGUCAAAUAUCGGAUAAAUUAUGUUCACUAAUAUUUUUCACAAAGUCAAAAAUCAAAGAUAUCGUUUAUUUGACUUUGGACUUACACAUGACCGAUCAGAAGGAAAUCAUUGCAGAGAUGCAUUCUGAAAUGCAUGAUCUUCAGGAUACAAAUGGACGGCUUCAAAAACAGUUGAGCAAAGCCCAAAAAACUGUCCGUGACAAGGAACUAGAAGUCAGUGAUCUUGACGCCACAAGAAAGCUUAUGCUGAAUCAAUUUUGUAAGAACAUUGAACAAAUUGAAAAACUGUCCAUUUCGAAAUUGACUCACAUUCAAAACCAGGUGAUAAAUAAAAUAACUGCGUUUAAAUCUCAAGUGUCAGAACUAGAACGAAAAAUCAAUGUUCUAAAGCAAGAAAACCAUCUAAAAGUCGAUUCUAGUGAUCGGUUAAUGAAGACUAUGGAAAAUUUACGACUUGAGAAUAUGGGAUAUAAUACCACGAUUGAGGAUCUUCGACGAGAAAAUAGGUCAUUAAAUCAUUUGAGAGUCACGUUAGAAAGAAAUGUGGCAGAUCUAAAACACUCGUUAGAUGAUGUUCAAAAUAAUUACAGAGCCAUAGAGAAGAAAAAGUUCGAAUUGGAAAAUGACCUGAAACAACUAAGCAUUAUUGUUACUGAGAAAGACAGCAAAAUUAGCGAACUAUCAAAAGAUCUGGUGCAAGCCAACAAUAUGCUUGUUCAGUUCAACAAUCGCUUCGACGUCAAAGUACAACAGUUAAUGCUAUUUUGACUCAGAAAGUGGGAGAAAAAUAUUUCAGCCCGAAAUAGAAGCCAAGGUCUUGAAAGGAAAGUGGAUUACGUAUAACCCAAAACUUUUGUGCUUAAAUUUGACAACAAAAGUAGAAUUGUGAUUAGUUUCUUUAGAUCUGCAGGUUUGAGAAGACUUUGUUUUGGUUUAUUUUCGAGUUGUACUUCAUUAUUUAUAUAUUUAUAUUUUCGAAUUUUUAAUAUAGAUGUAAAUGUAUAUCGAACUGUAAGCUGAUUUAUUAGUAAAUUACUUUUUGAAAUAA